UCAAAAUAAAAGCCCCACACGCACGUCGUCAAACAUCAAUUUGACGACGAGGAAAAAAUUAAGCAAGGUCAUUUACGAGCUGCGUUUGGCACACAAGAAGAACAACCUUUUAACAUUAAAUGUCACACUUCACAUCCAACAAGAAGGUGUCCUAGUUGGCCGCAGUGCCCCGAGCGGACAGCAGGUGUGCUCUUUAGCACUGCAGCACACACACCACUGCAGUGUGUGAGGGAGACCCAGGAGGAAGAGGAGGCGGAGGAGAAGGGUGUGAAGGCCCAAAUAAAGCCAUGGGGGCCGGGGCUGGGCAGCGCCCCCCUUUGCUAUAAAUACACUGGCUGCCUGGAGGUUCGGAUUUGGUGGUUUGCGCUCCAGACCAGGGACUACCGCCACCUUCAUCACUACCUGUGCUGCUCCAGCCUUCCUCAAGAGAGUUCUUAGUGCCUGCUCAUCAUCAUCAUCAACAUCAUCAUCAUCAACAUCAACCUCCCCAUCCAGGAUGCCUCGUGUGGACGCCGACCUCAAGCUGGACUUUAAGGACGUCCUUUUCAGGCCCAAAAGGAGCAGCUUGAAGAGUCGCUCAGAGGUGGACCUCCAGAGGACUUUCACAUUCCGCAACUCCAAGAAGACCUACUCAGGCGUCCCCAUCAUCGCCGCCAACAUGGACACCACGGGCACCUUUGAGAUGGCGCAGGUGCUCAGCAAACACACGCUCUUCACCGCCAUCCACAAACAUUACUCUGUGGACGAGUGGAAGAACUUUGCUGCCGAUCACCCAGAAUGCUUAGAGCACAUGGCCACCAGCUCCGGCAGCAGCAGUGCAGACCUGGACAAGCUGUGCGCCGUCAUGGAGGCCGUGCCCGCCCUCAAGUACAUCUGUCUGGACGUGGCCAACGGCUACUCCGAGUACUUUGUGGACUUUGUCAAGACCGUGCGGGGGAAGUUCCCCCAACACACCAUCAUGGCUGGCAACGUGGUGACGGGCGAGAUGGUGGAGGAGCUCAUCCUCUCUGGUGCUGACAUCAUCAAAGUGGGAAUUGGCCCAGGGUCCGUGUGCACGACCAGGAUCAAGACAGGCGUGGGCUACCCCCAGCUGAGCGCCGUCAUCGAGUGCGCAGACUCCGCCCACGGCCUCAAGGGACACAUCAUCUCUGAUGGUGGAUGCAGUUGCCCUGGAGACGUGGCUAAAGCCUUUGGUGCGGGCGCUGACUUUGUGAUGAUGGGCGGGAUGCUGGCAGGACACGACCAGAGCUCCGGCGAGGUCAUCGAGAAGAACGGCAAGAAGUACAAGCUGUUCUACGGCAUGAGCUCGGACACGGCCAUGAAGAAAUAUGUGGGCGGGGUGGCGGAGUACAGGGCGUCCGAGGGCAGGACGGUUGAGGUCCCCUACAGGGGCGACGUGGAGAACACUAUCCGGGACGUGCUGGGGGGGGUGCGCUCCACCUGCACCUACGUGGGGGCCGCCAAGCUGAAGGAGCUGAGCCGCAGGACCACCUUCAUCAGAGUCACGCAGCAGUCCAGCCAGAUGUUUGUGUGAAGCAAACUUCAUCUCAGGAGAUCUUUAUCCAGCAGACAUUACAACACUAAACUGAUAGUAUGAGGUGGCCUUUAGCAAACCAACAUGAGCUAGACGACAGAAACAGCGGGUCAAAACACCAAAGGCUUAUUCCAGUGCUGCAAUCCUGCUCUCAAGGUUGCUUUUUUUCCCUGUGCAAAUUAAAUGCAAAACCAGAAAUGUACAUUUUAAAUGCUGCAAUAAACGUGCAUUAAGAAUCUUC